UUCCAUGAGAAAAGGGUGUGGUAUGGGUCAAGGAAGAAGCCAAUAAAGUUUGGUGCAGAUUUGAAUCAGGGGGGAGAUUCAGGCUUUUUUCUUUCUUUAACAUUGCAAGAGGGUGUUUUUCAACUUUUUAUACUCUUUUCCCAGGGAAUAAUUAAUUGAUCUCGAUGGGGGGAAAAAAUCAGGCGCAUUUAUGGAACUGAGUGUGUGCAAUUUGGUGGAACUUGACUGAAUUUAAGGGGACUGUCGGGCCAUGGCGGGUCUACGGGUCAUUCUAGUUUCUGCAUGUAAAGCCCUCACCCUUGUGGUCAAGUCAAAACCGAAAUCCUUUUCCUUAGAAAGCGAAAAAUUUAGCAUACUAGUUUUGUUCCAGCAACCAAACAACAGAGAACUAAGCAGUUUCAGUGAUCAGAUUGAGAGUAACAAUGUUUUCCAGAGUGUGUCUGAUUCUGAUCGGAGCUGCGUACAUCUACUAUCAGGUCAAUGCAGCAGAGGUCUACAUUGGUGAGCUGGAAGUGGAAAAUAACAUCACGAUGGAGUCCCAGACUAUCUUGUCACUUUUGAAAAUGUCAGUCCAGGUGAAUGGAGGUUCCGACAACGUGACGAUCACAGAAAUCGAACUGGUUUCAGAAUGCUUUCUGAUUGGAGACACAACCAGUUGCAAUUGCUCUGGUGAGUACAGUUGGAGCAACGAAGUGUGCUACAGUUCGUCAUGUUGCACCGAAACAACUUGCACACAAAACGUGUCCCACAUCAAACCACUCUGCGUUGCCAAAGUCCAAGUUUACAUCAAUGGAUCUGUUACGCUGACGUCUGCACCUUGGGAUGCUGACAAAACUGCAAAGCUGGAGACUGCGUUCAGAUCUCGAUUGAAUGGCUAUGAGUCUCUGAACAUAACUGGCUACAGGGAAAGCAACAAAAUUGCUGACUUUGAGGCAGCCGUCAGCAUCAAACUAAAGACCUCUGUACUUCAAAAAUUGCUGACUGAUCUGGAUGCCAAUCUCUCAGCUAAGGUUCUGGUCGACACUGUAGGAAUGGUCAACAUCACAGCUCCAGAGGAUAGCGUGUGCUAUAAGUCCAGCCCAAGUCUGAAAUGCAGACUUGAGGAGGCAACAACCAGCACUGGCUGGAAGUUGAUCAAGGAACACAAGCAUUUGGAGCUCGAGAAUGGUAGUAUGGUGAAUCUAAACCCCAGCUGUUUCGAUGGGAAAAACAAGUCCUGUAUUGCAGUUACACUCAACAAAGUGACCAGCGCUGGGUCAGGCACAUAUCAGUGUCGAUUCACUUUUGGGUCAGUCACACACACAGCCAAGGCACAGCUGAAUGUGUCACUCCUGCCUGAAGUGAUCACCAUGACAAUCGAUCCACCUGUAGCAGACUGUUCAGUGAAGACUAACGUUGAAGUGACUGUGACUGCCAAGAUCCAAAAUACCACGGAGAGCUACAACGUUUCGUGGGAACUCAAUGGAUCGGUGCUAAGUGGAGGAUCCAACCCAGAUACCCUGGUCUAUUCUGUCAAGUCUAACUUCUUAUGCGAGAAAAUGACUGAAGCAAAAUGGAAAGUCAUUUUUCAAAACCAAAAAGGACAGACGAAAAAUGAAAGCGUGGAUAUCCUAGUAAUUUCUGAGAAUGGAAAAUAUUGCCCUGAAACUGAUGGGAUUUGGCCAAAAACCCCAAAUGGAGGUACAGUGAUUAAUCAGACGUGUGAAAACGGCAAGACUGGUUACAAGUCUCGUACUUGUAAUGAUGACACCUGGCAGCCAGUGUUCUCGUUCUGCAUCAGCCACAAGUUGCAGAAAGUUCUAACUGCAGCAGAGGUCUUCAAGACGGGCAUAGGGGCUACACCGGAAGCAGCCAUAGGGAUCUUUGAAGGACUUAAGAACACCACUAAAUCUGAUUCCAGGGACGACAUUGCUGAAAUCAAGGCUUCUAUCAGCGUAAUAAAUAUAAUGGCCACUGCAUCAAGAACCAUCAUCUUGAAGGAAGAAGUCUUUGAUGAUUUUCUUUAUGCAGCGAGCAAUUUAUUGAAGAACAACUGGACAGAGGUCAACUCAUCUAUACGCCAGGACAUGUCAUCACAAUACCUUGAGGGUGUGGAGGAUCUGGUGAAGAAUAUCCAAGUGAACAACACUUUGAAUAUCUCCCAUCAAAACUUGGACCUCAAAGUCUUCUCAAGAAGUGAUUGUAAUAUCUCUGUGUUUAAUGCCACUGUUAAACUAAACAAGAACGCCGGACAGUUCAAAACUGUUGGUGUGCGAAAUCUGUUGGAUAAAUUUGAUAACAGAUUUGAACCAACAUCAACAGCUCUGCAUAACCUUAUAAUAAUAGCCACACUAGAGAAUAGCAGUUUUCCUACCGAGAUUACAAUGGACUUCCCCAUCAAGCAACUGAACCACACUCAACCACACUGUGUCUUCUGGGUCAACAAUAAAACGGACUGGUCAGAAACAGGUUGCAAAGUUCAACCUAGUGAUGCUAAUCACACACGCUGCAAGUGCACCCAUCUGACUUCAUUCGCUGUCCUCAUGUCCAAAACCGAUACAUCUGACGUCAACCUAGAUACCAUUACCUAUGUUGGCCUGGCAGUGUCCAUCUGCUCUCUGCUGAUCCUCCUCAUCAUUGAGGCUCUCGUGUGGUCUGUUGUGGUCAAGACUAAUCUCUCAUAUUUCCGUCACACAGCACUGGUGAACAUCGCCGUGUUCCUCUUGCUCGCUGACUGCAGUUUUUUGGCAUCUAUCUCACCUGAGAAGCUCAGUCCUCUCUGGUGCUUAAUUUUGACCAUAUGCAAACACGUAUUUUAUUUGGCCACGUUCAGCUGGAUGCUGUGCAUGAGCGUCAUGCUCAUCCACCGGCUCAUCUUUGUCUUCAGCCCGCUAAGGAAAAGAGUCUUCAUGUUCCUAUCCAGCAUCGUAGGCUACGCUUGCCCAGUUCUCAUUGUGGCAUUCAGCUAUGUGUAUUGCAAAUACAACAAGAAGCGCUACUAUGAAGAAAAAACAUGCUGGCUAGUUUUUGAGGGAAGCUUGGAGGGCUCAAUCUAUGCUUUCCUCCUCCCUGUGGGAACUGUUAUUUUCACAAAUCUUUUUUCCAUGGCGGUCGUCAUUUUUACUCUGUUGAAGUCCUCUGCCCCUGAUAGCAGCAAGUCGGAUGAGAAGGAGACAGCUAAGAGCAUCAUCAAAGUGGUGGUCUUUCUAACACCAGUUUUCGGAGUAACAUGGGGUAUUGGCUUCCUUCUGCUAAUAUUUGAUCAGGACAACGAUGCGUACGCUUUUCUUACCUACAGUUUCACCAUCCUCAAUUCCUUCCAGGGCUUUUUCGUUAUGCUAACAGGGGUUUUUGCAGAGCCAAAGGUGCGUCAAGAACUGUUAAAGCGAAUGGAUAAAGGAAAAUAUGACACCAUGAAGAAUUCAACCUCAGCCUCAAACACAAAAGAAAGAUGAAGGCAGAGGUGGUGCCGAGAGAAACAGCAACUCACAUGUACAUGAAGAGAACAUGACUUAGAGUUUAAUUUGUGGUAUAUUAUAGUUCCUAGAUACGUAUAAAGGUGUAGAUGUUUCCCCUAAAAACAGGUUUAAUUAUUAAGUAAGGUGUAUGAUAUAAUCUGGUGUUUUUACAUGUCGUAUACACAUAGAAAAAAAAUUGCUAAGACAAUUUUAUUCAAAAGGAAAGUCUGUAGAUUGAAAUUAUGUGACAUGAAUAACAUAGCCUGUAUGCUAUGUUUGCAUAACCACUAUAUGUAUCUCAAAACUAGUAAGACAUAGGAAUAAAGACAAGGAAAAGAAAGGGUUUUGUUUACACUAGGUGUGAUUUAAAUAGUUAUUUCCAGUCUUGCGUUAUUCACAACAGAAAUAAUGGAGCAGAAAACACCUGAUUACUUUUAUCAUACAAAUAAACCACACUCAGGACAUAGAAGUGCUGAUGCAGGGUCUAUAUUUGGAACGCCUUUAUAUCUGUCUAAAUAAAAAAAAUCAUUUUUAUUUUAAAUAUGGGGACGUAUCAAAGAAAGGCCCAAGAUAAAUUUGCAUAUUUCCCCACAAUAUUGACUUUACAUUUAGUGUGAUUUCACUGCUGAAUGAUUCAGUGGACGAGUUCGUCCUCCACAGAGUGUUUCACUGAACUCUCCUGAUGACGGUGACGAUGGCUAUUGUCAGAACUACCGUCCCGGCUGCACCACCAAUCAGAGCUCCCAGAAUGCCGCUGUGUGUGUUCACUUCCUCACAUCUUUUUCCGGUGUAGUAGGUGGCCUGGGUUGUUGCACACCUGAAAAGCAGCAGUCACAUACAUCUGUUAAAAACAUUAAAAAAAUAUGUACAACAAAAAUUGCUAAGGACUGCAGGUUUCACAUGAAUGCACGUCCCAAGCUUGUAUUUGCUUUAGUCCACAUGCACUAAGCUGUGUCACCAGGCUAGCAAGAGUAGGUUGAUUGAUUUUUAUUAUUGAGUUUUAUGGGACAGUUCGACAAUUAAAAACAUGCUCACUUGAUUUAUUUUAUAGGUUAGAUCAUGUCAAGAAUAAUCGAGAUCUCACCGCUGAAAUAUGACCUAAGAGCAUAAAGUAACAUGUAGAAUUAUUUCUCUGGUUUGCUUAUAUAACCUCUAUAAUGUUUAAAGUAACAUGUGUUUAACACAGUAACGUAUCAUGUUAGAGAUGAAAAAGUUGGAAAUGUAAUCAGAAUCUUUUAUAGUUUUUGGGUUGAUGUUGGAUAUCUUUCAAUAACGUUUAAAAUACUUUGUUUUCCCUUUUCGUAAGUGUUUCUUUUCUUAAGAGUAAAGGUUUUAAGUUGAACAUUCUUUGACUGUGUUGAAAGCAUUAUGCAUGUUGAAGAAGUAAUGGGUUUGUGUUCAACCAUGAAGUGCAGGAUGAGAAGCUAGAUGGAAGAUAAUGUUAUCUUCACUGCAUGUGCAAAGCUGGUGCAGCCACACAGAAAUGUGACACGAUACUUAAUAUAUAUGAUAGAAAAUGCUAGAAGUUGCUAGAUUUAUACCAUGUAAGUUCAUGCCCAAGACUGGCCAUUUCUAUUGGUAGUGUGUCAUUGCAUAAUGAUGAGUUUGUAAGCUUUAGAGUUCAAGAGAAUAUAAAAAGACGUGAGAAGGGUGUUGGUCGGUUCUUCUACGGCUCCUUUCCACACAACGGGACAAAGACCCCUCCUCAGCCUAGAAUCAAAAGAACGGGAAAUACGGACACUUCUCUACUUAGAGAAAGUUUCCACAGAAGAAAUAUUCAACUUGGAAAAUAUGCACUGAGGAGAAUAUGAGUUUAGAAUUUUUAACAGAAUUCAAGUUUCUGGUAGGAAACGAGUGUCGGGUAAAGCGGUGCUGGCAUUCAUUCCUUCUCACUAAAUUUAUAUUAGUUCUCUGAAAGCUGCAGUAUAUAUAUAAUCACAUUCACUCUUUUUAUGAAUUUGUAUGUUUUACUUCUUGUGUGAAUCUUUACUUUUUACUCUCUUAUUACACUUUUUAUAUAUUUUUUUCUCAUUUUAAUAAAUUGUUAUGAGUUGUUACUUAUUACUCUAUUAUUACUCUUAAUUUUUACACUUUUUAUUAUUUUUACUUAUUACUCUUUUCAUUAAAAAUGUACUUUUGUAAAUUACAUGUAAUAAAUAAGAAAUUCAGAUUUAA